CUUCACCAGAUUCCAGAGAUGGCCUCCCCAUUUGACUUCAUCGUCGUCGGCAGCGGCCCGGCUGGCAGUACCGUCGCCUCCAAGCUCGCCAAUUCCCCCAAGGCACCAACAGUCCUCCUCCUCGAGGCCGGCGGACCUAAUGCAGACCCUAACCUCCGCGUCGACGGCCAGCGCUGGCUAACCUUCCAGAAUAAAGACAUGAACUGGGGAUACAAGACCACACCGCAGGAGCACUGCAACAACCGCGAGAUCGACUACUCGCGCGGCCGUGGCAUGGGUGGCUCUAGCGCCAUCAACUUCGGCGUGUACAGCGUCGGCGCCCGGGACGACUACAAUGAGUGGGCACGCCUCGUCGACGACGAUAGCUUCGCCUGGGAGCCCGUGCAGGCGCGGUUCAAGGCACUCGAGACGUUCCAUUCAGGCGUCCCAGCUGGUCUGGAUGCGAAGUAUGCGGCGCCUGCGGCCGGUGACCAUGGCAGCGCGGGCCCGCUGCAUGUGGGCUUUGCGCAGGAGUGGGAGCGCGACCUGCCCGAGCUGCUGGAUGUCUUCGAGCAGGCUGGGUUUCCGCUCAACCCGGACCAUAACUCGGGCAAUCCGAUUGGGAUGUCGGUGUUGAUUAACUCGGCUGCCAAUGGGCGUCGCUCGACGGCGGCGGAUCUGCUGCAGCCCCAGCCGGCCAAUCUGACGGUUAUCACGAAUGCGCCGGUGCAGCGGCUGGUGCUGGAGGGGAAGAAGGCAGUCGGUGUUGAAGCGGAUGGAACAAAAUACUACGCCGCAAAAGAAGUCGUCCUGUGCGCUGGAUCGCUGGAGGACCCCCGGAUCCUAAUGCACUCUGGUAUUGGGCCUGCGAAGCAGCUUGAAGAGUUCAAUAUCCCCGUCGUACAGGACGCCCCUGCCAUCGGACAGGCCUUGAAGGACCACUGCUUCGUGCCCAUCGUGAACACUCGCGUCGAGAACAGCACCCAGCGCAAGGAAUUCUACGGCGACGAGGAAGCCAUGGCCAGCGCCCUGGAGCAAUGGAAGAAGGACGGAUCAGGCCCAUGGUCAAAAUUCGCAUGCGAACUGGGCAUUGGGUGGUUCAAGCUCGACCGCCUGACUUCGUCUGCUGAAUUCCAGGCCCUUCCUGAAGACCAGAAGCGUUUCCUCUUGCAGACGACAGUCCCGCACUACGAGGUCCUCACGCAUUUCCCCAUCCACUGGUUCAUUCCUGGGUUUGCCAAGGAGGCUCUCAACUACUCCUGCCUGCUUGUCUUCCUCUUCAACAGCCAGGUUAACGGGGAGGCUGUCCUGCAGUCCGCAGACCCUAAUACGCCGCUCAAGUUCGACCCCAAGUUCCUGUCGCACCCCUUUGACCGCCGCGCGGCAAUCGAGUCUCUGCGUGAUUCGCUGCGUAUCGCGCAGUAUGAUGGCUACACGAAGGAUAAUGUGCAGCAGCUGGCUGGGCCAAAGUCUGACUCGGACGAGGAUCUGCUGGAGUACUGGCGCGAGAAUAUCUCGUCCAGCUGGCAUAUGACGGGAACGGUGAAGAUGGGCAAGCCGGGUGAUGCAGAGGCGGUCGUCGACAAGGACUUCCGCUUGAUCGGGAUUGAGAACCUGCGAGUUGCCGAUAUGAGUGUCGUUCCGGUGCUGUCGAACUGCCACGUUCAGGCUGUGGCGUAUGUGACUGGGGCUACAGCUGCGGAUAAGCUGAUCAGGGAAUACCAGUUAGACACUGCUGGAGCUGCUGGCGUCGGAAAGCUAUAGCUUGCAAAUCAAAGGAACUGAAUCCGAGACUGUAUGUAAUGCAUGGAAAUUGGCAGGAUGCAUUGAACUUGAUAGAGGUAUACCCAACGCC